AUGAUCCCUUUGACAGCCACCACGUGCUUCCUAAUCGCUAUCACGUUCCUGGCACUCGCCCUCAUCCUGUUGGAUCACCUAAGGUCCAAGAAGACGACGAAGAACGUCGUGUUGGGUGACGACCAACACGCCCUACCGGAACCACCUGGACCCAAACCGUGGCCGAUACUUGGCUCCCUUCAUAUCCUGGGACGCUACGACGUACCCUACAAAGCUUUCGCUGACCUUGUUAGGGACUUCGACUGCCAGGUGAUCAAGCUCAGGAUGGGAUCCGUGCCCUGCGUGGUCGUCAAUGGGCUGGAGAACAUCAGAGAAGUGCUCACCGUCAAGGGACACCAUUUCGAUUCCAGGCCCAACUUUACCAGAUAUCAUCUGCUCUUCGGUGGAAACAAGGAGAACUCCCUGGCAUUUUGCAACUGGUCGGAUGUGCAGAAAGCCCGAAGGGAGAUGCUUCGCGCGCACACCUUUCCCCGCGCCUUCUCCACGCGUUUCAACGAGCUGAACGGUAUAAUUGGCGAUGAGAUGGAGUUUAUGGUGAACCAUCUGGACUCCUUGUCGGGCACGAGCGUCCACGCGAAACCGUUGAUCCUCCAUUGCUGCGCCAACAUCUUCAUCACCUAUCUUUGCUCGAAGAACUUUCAUCUGGAGCACGACGGUUUCCGAAACAUGGUCGAGAACUUCGACAAGGUGUUCUUCGAGGUGAAUCAGGGAUACGCGGCCGACUUCCUGCCUUUCCUUAUGCCUCUUCACCACAGGAACAUGGCAAGAAUGGCGCACUGGAGCCACGAGAUCCGAAGAUUCGUCAUAAAGAACAUCAUUGCGGACAGAUUGAACAGUUGGAACGACGUCGUGCCCGAGAAGGAUUACGUGGAUUGUCUGAUCAAUCACGUGAAGAGCGGGACGGAGCCCCAAAUGUCCUGGAACACGGCUCUCUUCGUCAUGGAGGACAUCAUCGGUGGCCACACGGCUAUUGGAAAUCUCUUGGUCAAAGUUUUAGGCUUCCUCGCAACGAGACCUGAGAUUCAGAGAUUGGCGCAGCACGAGAUAGAUGCUCUCGGCCUAGCGGGCAACUUCGUAGGAUUGGAGAACAGGAGAUCCUUGCCUUACGUCGAGGCCAUCAUCCUGGAAACUAUCAGGAUAAUCGCCAGCCCCAUUGUCCCUCACGUUGCUAACCAAGAUAGUUCUAUCGCCGGUUUCAGAAUCAAGAAGGACACGUUCAUCUUCCUGAACAAUUACGAUCUGAACAUGUCCACCGAUCUGUGGACCAGCCCAGAGGAAUUCAUACCGGACAGAUUCGUGCAGAACGGAAGAUUGUUAAAGCCUGAACACUUUCUGCCUUUCGGCGGUGGUCGUAGAUCCUGCAUGGGCUACAAAUUGGUCCAAUACGUGAGUUUCGCAAUCUUGGCAAGCAUUCUGAAGAACUUCACGAUAGCGCCCGUGCAAAAGGAGGAUUACACGAUUCCUAUUGGAAACCUGGCUCUCCCCGAGAUGACGUACAAAUUUCGAUUCGAGCGGCGGUAG